CUUAGACACAGAUAUGUUAUGAUAUAUUUUAUGGUCCGCAAUGGUGACAAUUGACUUGGACAAUAGAGAGUGCUGCUACUUCCACAUAAAUACAUGAAUACGUGGAAUAACCCCCCAUCAUACAUCCCACUCCCACCUACUAAUAUGCAGAGGGUGAGGGGCAGCCCCACAGAAACCCGAUGAAUCACACACACCUGACGAGGCAAACAGGAAGAGCAGUAGAAGUUGUUUGGCAGCAACGGCAGCAGGAGCAGGUACGAGACACAACACACACAGUUUCAGAGAGCCAACCAAUCCAGGGGGGCCUUCACCUCUCCACCCUAACCCAGACCAGAUCAGACCAGUCCAGAUCAGAACCAGACCCAGACCAGUCCCGGUCAAGUUGUUUAAGGCGUAACGGACUGAGAGAUGAGGGGUAGGGCUCUCUGACCCCUGACACUAACAAGGUGGUGUAACCUCCAACCCCUGUGGCUCCUCCGAUGUUCUCCAGAAAGGACAGCCUUCCCUCCCCCAGCUUGGAAGACUCCUUCUUUCCCCUCUCCUCCACCUCCUCCCAUUCUCUCUCUCUCGCUUAUCCCUCCUCCUCUUCCUCCUCCUGUUGCCAGGGUGGGAGUGGCUCCAUGGGGAAGGCGGGGUUAAAGGCAGAGCUGGAGGCGGGUCUAGAGACAGAUCUGAUCCUGGCUGCUGAGUUGGGCCAGGCUCUGUUGGAGAGGAAUGAAGAGCUGGCCGAGGCACUGACACAGAGAGACAGACAUGUAGAGGUCCUGCAGCAGGAGAAGCAUGUUCUUCGGAGGAGAUUGGAGGUAUGUGAGCUGUCGUCACAACAGAGAGAGGCGGAGCUAACCUCCGAACUCUCCUCCUUACUGGCCGAGCUGGACCGACAUCACAGCCGGGGGCAGGGCCAGAAGCGGGAGGAGAACACACAGCUGACUGAGCUGGCCAAUCACAACCACCGCCUGGUGGAAGAGUUGGCAGAGGCGGUGUCAGUAGAACACUCAUUGCGUGUGGAACUCCGUUCACUCCGAGAAGAGAUCGAAGACUCCUCCCUCAGCAAAACCAUUAGUUCUACACAACUAGACAACACACAAGCAGAGAACAGGGUGUUGAAGGAGAGGCUGGGUAAUAUGGAGGAACAGUUGAGGCUGUGGCAGGAGGACUGUGAUAGGCUGAGAGGAGAGAGGGAGAGGCAAAGAGACAGACUGACAGAUCUACAGACCAAUCUGAGAGAGAGAGAAGCCCAGUUGGAGCAGGAACAGAGUGUGGUGUUUGAGUUGCGGACACUGAGUCGUUCUCUAGAGCGGAGAGUCCAGAGGCUGGAAGAGGACACCAGUCUGGACGACACACACACUUACACACACCCUCUGUCCCUGCUCAGUGAGAUACAGCAGACUCAGGCUACAGAGACACUGUUGGCCCACUCUACCAUCCUACAAGACAAAGAUCAGGAGAUAGACACACUGAGAGAAAAGCUAUGCUCCAGAGAGGCGGAGCUUGAUUCUCUGAGGGAGGAGCUACAGCCAUUCAGGAGCUGUCAAGGAAAACCCAGCUACAGCUCCCUGGAGAGCGAGGUGUGUACGGUGCGAGCGGAGAGAGACAGUCUGACCCAGCAGCUGCUGAACACCAUUCAACAUAAGGUGGUGCUGUCGCAGGAGGUCGACGCAUUUCAGGAGGACAUGCGCCUGCUGAUAAGUCAGCAGGUGCAACAGCAGGCAGAGGAGAAAGAGAGAGAAAAGGAAGGAGAGAAAGAGAGCAAGAGGAAGGGGCUGCAGAGAACCCGGUCCAUGAGAGUCAGAGGAGAGAGAGGGAAAGGAGGAUUCUUCUCUUCUCUCUUUAAAGGGGAUGAAUAGAGAGAUGGAGGGACAUAAAAACGGGGGAGAGAGGGGGAAAGAGAGGAUUCUUCUCUCUUUAAAGGGGAUGAAUAGAGAGAUGGAGGGACAUAGAAACGGGGGAGAGAGGGGGGAAAGAGAGGAUUCUUCUCUCUUUAAAGGGGAUGAAUAGAGAGAUGGAGGGACAUAGAAACGGGGGAGAGAGGGGGAAAGAGAGGAUUCUUCUCUCUUUAAAGGGGAUGAAUAGAGAAAUGGAGGGACAUAGAAACGGGGGAGAGAGGGAAAGAGAGGACAGAUAUUUGAUGUAAAUAUUGAAAUAUAGAUCACAUGGUUAAACAUUAAGAUAUUUAGUUUAUACUGUAAUGUUUUACACAUUCGAAAGUCUCUCAGCCUAUCACACAAUGUUAUGCAAAUUAGUUCCUGUAUGUGAGGAUACUGGGGGUAGUUUUUGGUGAGGCGUUUGUGCAGCAGGUCAGUGCUGGUGUGCACUGUCUGUGUUCAUCCAAAUAAAUUACAACUUGAUUGUUUUAUGGGAAAUCAGUGUCCUAGACUGUUUACGCUAGUCAACAAACUACAUGCGCCUGUCGGUGGCCUUACAGGCUCAUUACAAUACUAUACCACGUCCAUGUAAUGUUGAGAAUGUUCUACUGUGUAUAUUUAGAAUGUUCUACUGUGUAUAUUUAGAAUGUUCUACUGUGCAUAUUUAGAAUGUUCUACUGUGUAUAUUUAGAAUGUUCUACUGUGCAUAUUUAAAAUGUUCUACUGUGCAUAUUUAGAAUGUUCUACUGUGUAUAUUUAGAAUGUUCUACUGUGUAUAUUUAGAAUGUUCUACUGUGUAUAUUUAGAAUGUUCUACUGUGUAUAUUUAGAAUGUUCUACUGUGUAUAUUUAGAAUGUUCUACUGUGUAUAUUUAGAAUGUUCUACUGUGUAUAUUUAGAAUGUUCUACUGUGUAUAUUUAGAAUGUUCUACUGUGUAUAUACAGUGCCUUGCAAAAUUGUUCAGCCCUUAUUGGAUUUAUGACAAUGAAUUACAUUUUUUCAUCCCACAUUUUCAUAACACAAUAAAAUAUGAAGAAAUCCAAGGGGCCUGAAAACAUUA